UUUUUCUUGAUAUUACAAUAUUUUGAAAGAGAAUUGGGCCGCGGUCAGUCUCAAGCGUAAAUCUGGAGGACCACAAACGUAUGCGAAGCCUAGACCUGUUUUUCCACCAUGUCUUACUGGUAGAGAGAAUGCUUUUGUGGAAAAUGUUGUCGAAGACGAAGGUGCUCCCUCAAUAUCCAGAUGGAAUUAGAAGUUUCACAAGGUAACGUGUACGAAAGACGCGAGUUUCAUGUUGAAACUCCUCUACGAGGAGUUUGGCCUCUUCCAUUGCCUAGUUCACUUCAUGAAUGUGUUGAAAACGGAAUCUUGCACAUUGACAGGGCAGCCCUUCUAAUUUUGUCGAAGAUGCAUCGCCCAGAGUCUAACGAAGCGGUC